CACCCCCCCACCCCCCACCCCUCCCUGCAGCUCUCCAACCAUGUCCCUGCUGCUGAGACCCGCUUUCGCUUCCCCCCAGCUCCACCUGAGGGUUGCAGCAAAGUUGCACUCGGCCAGAAGUUGCUCCACUUUUAAUGUCACCGGCUACAUGCCGGAGGCGGCGGCUUUCCCCGGGGUCAGGGAUUACCCGGGGCUGCGGGAUCUCUCGGUGCAGCACCCCGAGCGCUUCUGGGGGAUCCUGGGCAGGGAGAGACUGGCCUGGAUCACCCCCUUUCACACGGUGAGCGACUGCGACCUGACCCAGGGCAGGGUCCGAUGGUUCGAAGGGGGGCAGCUCAAUGUCUCAGUGAACUGCAUCGACCGUCACGUCCACAUGUCUCCAGACAAGGUGGCUUUAAUCUGGGAGAGAGAUGAGCCUGGUGCCCACGUGAAGAUAACCUACAGGCAGCUCCUGGAGGUUACUUGCCGCCUGGCAAAUACUCUGAAAAGGCAAGGUGUUCGCAAAGGAGAUCGGGUGGUCAUCUACAUGCCAGCCUCACCAAUUGCAGUGGCAUCGAUGCUGGCCUGUGCCCGUAUUGGGGCAGUGCACACCGUUGUGUUUGCAGGGUUCAGUGCUGAGGCAUUGGCCAACAGAAUUCAAGAUGCACAGUCUGAAACUGUGAUCACCACCAACCAGGCUCUGAGGGGUGGACGGGUCAUCGAGUUGAAGAAAACUGUAGACCAAGCUGUGAAGCUGUGCCCUUCCAUCAAACGAGUGCUUAUUGCUAUGAGAACAGAGAACAAAGUCCCGAUGUCAAAUAUUGAUAUCCCCCUAGAGGAGGAAAUGAUGAAAGAAGAAGCAGUGUGUGAUCCUGUUGCCAUGGAGAGUGAGGAUAUGUUGUUCCUGUUGUACACAUCGGGGAGCACUGGGAAGCCUAAGGGUGUGGUACACACACAGGCUGGGUAUCUGUUGUACACAUCUCUCACACACAAGUAUGUGUUCGAUUACCACGAUGGUGAUGUGUUUGGCUGUGUUGCGGACAUUGGUUGGAUCACUGGGCACAGCUAUGUUGUGUAUGGGCCUCUGUGCAAUGGAGGAACCACAGUGCUGUUUGAGAGCACCCCUGUGUACCCGAACCCAGGCCGUUACUGGGAGACAGUUGAAAGGUUAAAGAUCAAUCAUUUCUACUGCGCGCCCACAGCAAUCCGACUCUUGCUGAAGUACGGAGAUACAUGGGUGAAGUCGCACGAUCGCUCCUCACUGAAAACGCUGGGCACAGUUGGAGAACCCAUCAACUCCGAGGCAUGGAACUGGUAUUAUAAAGUUGUUGGGGAUGGCCGAUGUCCAGUGCUGGAUACUUGGUGGCAGACAGAGACUGGUGGAAUCUGUAUAUCCCCUCACCCUGCCGGCAGAGAUGCAAAAAUCGUCCCUGCCAUGGCAAUGAGGCCCUUCUUUGGAAUAGACCCCGUACUCGUGGAUGACCAGGGCAGGAGGUUAGAAGGGAACAAAGUCUCUGGGUCUCUCUGCAUUGCAAAGCCUUGGCCUGGGAUGGCUCGAACUAUCUACAAUGACCAUGACAGAUUUGUGGACACCUAUUUUAAAGCUUACCCCAACCAUUUCUUCACAGGAGAUGGAGCGCACAGAUCAGAGGAGGGAUAUUAUCAGAUCAUAGGCAGACUGGACGAUGUCAUCAACAUCAGUGGUCACAGGCUGGGCACAGCAGAGAUCGAAGGCGCAGUGAAUCAGCACCAAGUUGUGGCCGAAUCUGCGGCAAUCGGAUGUGCCCAUGAGGUCAAGGGGGAAGGCUCCUAUGUCUUCAUUGUUUUAAAGGAUGGAAUCAACAUCUCAGAGGACACCAUCGAUAAGGAACUCAAAGACAUUGUCUCGCAGAAGAUUGCCAAGUAUGCGGCUCCUGAUCAUAUCCAGAUUGUGAAGAGACUUCCCAAAACCCGCUCGGGAAAGAUAAUGCGCCGAGUGCUGAGGAAGAUUGUGGAGAAUAAAAUCGACGAGCUCGGUGACCUGACCACCCUGGAUGAUCAUGUGGCUGUGGAGGAAAUUGUUGCCGGGCGUGAGAAAAUCCUGGAAAAGGAAGCUAAAAACUAGCUGGGAGACGCUGU